UGCGGCCGCGGGCACGCCCUGUGCGCGGCGCUGCGCAUGGCCUUCCUGGCCCUCUACGUCCUGCUGCUCAGCGGGGAGCCCGUCGACGCCUUCGUCUGCGACCAGGUGUCUGCGUGCAUUCCUGUGCUCAGACUGGCCAGGGUCCGUAAGAAGGUUUUGUUUUACUGUCACUUCCCUGAUCAGCUUCUCACCAAGAGAGAAUCUCUCCUCAAGCGGCUCUACAGGUUACCACUUGACUGGCUGGAAGAGUACACCACUGGCAUGGCAGACUGCAUUGUUGUGAACAGCAAGUUCACUGCCAGCGUGUUCAAGGACACCUUUAAGUCCUUAUCUCACAUAAACCCAGGUGUUCUCUACCCAUCACUCAACAUCAGUAGCUUUGAAGCAGUAGUUCCUGCAGACAUAACUGAUCUGAUACCCAAAAAGAAAAAGUUCCUGUUUCUUUCCAUUAAUAGGUAUGAGAGAAAAAAGAAUCUAGCACUGGCUCUCGAAGCUUUGCAUGAGCUUCGAGGAAGGCUUGAUCCUCACGAGUGGAAUGAAGUUCACUUGGUUAUGGCAGGGGGUUAUGACAAACAAGUCCUGGAAAAUGUGGAGCACUACGAAGAGCUGAGGAGACUUGCAGCCAAGCUUGAUAUUAAUGACCACGUCACUUUUCUGAGGUCGUUCUCAGAUGAACAGAAAGUCUCUCUUUUUAGUAACGCUGUGUGUGUGCUUUAUACGCCAAGCAACGAGCAUUUUGGCAUUGUUCCUCUGGAGGCAAUGUACAUGAGGUGUCCCGUUGUAGCAGUUAAUUCAGGCGGUCCUUUAGAAUCAAUCCUGCAUAAUGUCACAGGAUUUUUGUGUGAUCCUCUGCCCACGCAAUUCUCUGAGGCCAUGGAAAAGAUUGUGAGAGAUCCUCUCUUAAAGGACACAAUGGGAGCAGCUGGGAGAGUCAGAAUUAUGGAAAAAUUUUCCCCAGAAGCAUUCACGGAACAGCUGUACCAAUAUAUAUGCAGAUUAACACAAUAAAAUUAUGUUCCCAUAGUAUAUUUA